AUGUUUUGGUUCAACCCAAGCUCCGAGCGGGGAAAGACCCACAAAGUGGCCCCGAACAGCAGCUUGCCCCCCCGGCUAUUCAGCAUCAAACUCCACCUGUCUGAAACUAGUGAGACCUUCCAGUUACCCACGUGCUACAGCGACUUGACUGUGUUGAAGCUGAAGCACCAUCUGGAGCUGCUGACUGGUAUCCCCCUGCAUUUCCAACGCCUCCAGUACCUGGAUGAAGUAGAUCUGCCAGAUGAGUCUACGUUUAAAUACAAUGAUAUUGUCCCUGGCGGAACAAUUACUAUACGCAUCUGGCGACAAGAUGGCUGGGGGCUUCUCGUGGCAGCUGCUGCUGGAGGAGAUAUUACCCAGCUGCUACGUUUAGGAGUUACAAAGGGCUCCACAUGCAGCACUCCAAAUUCACAGAUACUGGGACCAGAAGAGAAAAAGAAAUGGAUCGCGCACCGAGCAUUUGUGGCAUUGUACAUUGCCAGCCACAGAGGCCACAUUGCAGCUGUAGAAUUUCUUCUGGAAAAUGGUGCAGAUUUGCAUGCUAAAACACCACUGGGGAGGACUGCUCUUCACGCUGCUGCUGUCAUGGGCCAAUGUGACUGCAUUGAUCUGCUUCUUAGCUGGGGGGCACAAACUUCUGACCCAGACAAUGAGGGACAAAGUGCAGUAAGCCUAGCCCGCCUCUGGGGCCAGAAGCAGAGCGAACGUAGGCUGUUCCAUUUCCAGUGGCAGCAGAGAUAA